UAAACCUAUUAUGCUCCAACAACGUUGUUACGCUUUUAAACAACAUCGUCUGGUCCAAUCGAUCAGCAACCAAUCCCACGUCUCAACCACACUCGCAACCCACCUUCUCUCCAACAAACACGAUUCCAACGUUGUCUUCUCGCCCCUUUCCAUCCAGACCCUCCUGAGCUUACUAGCCGCCGGUUCCAAAGAUCAAACACUCGACCAACUCCUCACUUUCCUUAAAGCGGAUACGACGGAUAACCUCAAAUCUCUCUAUUCGCAGCUUGUGUCAUCCAUCUUAGCCGACGGUAGCCCCACUGGCGGACCUAAAUUGUCUUUUGCAAACGCGGUUUGGGUUCACAAAACCCUUACUCUCAAACCUUCUUUCAAACAGGUUGUUGACACCGUUUAUAAAGGGGUUUGCGAGCAAGCCGAUUUCAAAACUAAGGCUGUAGAGGUAGCACGUGAAGUGAAUUCAUGGGCCAAAAAGGAAACAAAUGGGCUUAUCAAGGAAGUCAUUACUGCUAAAGAAGGUAAAAAUGGAGUUAAAAAUGGGACAAUGAUCAUCCUUGCAAAUGCUAUCUACUUCAAGGGAACAUGGAGUCAGCAGUUUAACACAUCUUUGACUAAAGAACGUGACUUUCAUCUCCUCAAUGGAAACAAAGUUAAAGUUCCUUUUAUGACCAGCUCCAAAAAUCAAUUCGUGCGUGAAUAUGAUGGUUUCAAAGUACUGGGUCUUCCCUAUGCGCAAGGCCAAGAUAAGCGUAACUUCACAAUGUACUGUUACCUCAGUGAUGCAAAAGACGGGCUUCCGUCUUUGGUAAAGAAGAUGAGUUCCACAUCCGACUUUUUUGAGCGUCACACUCCACGCGUAAAAGAAAAGGUGGGGGAGUUUUUUAUACCAAAAUUUAAGAUUGAAUUCGGAUUUAAAGCUUCUGGUAUGUUGAAGGAAUUAGGGCUUGUAUUGCCUUUUGGUGUUGGACAUCAUGUCACCGAAAUGGUUGACUCACCUGUUGGUACAGGCCUUUAUGUACCGGAAAUCCACCAAACAUCCGUUGUGGAGGUGAAUGAAGAAGGUACAGAAGCUGCAGCGGUCAGUUUCGGAGAGAUGGCAUUUGGAUGUGCAGCAACGGUACCUAAAGUUGUUGAUUUUGUGGCGGAUCACCCGUUUUUGUUUGUGAUUAGAGAAGAUGUAACCGGGGUUGUAUUGUUUAUGGGACAGGUGAUUGACCCUAGUUUAAGUAUCUAAUGUCC